UCUAAAUUGGUGUAUAGUUCAUAUAUUUGGGGAUAAGAAUUCUGGUAACAGAAAUUAACACAGUCCAAAGACAUGCAGGUUAGGUUAACUGGUGACUCUAAAUUGACCGUAGGCCAAUAACCUGGCCUUUCGUCCGUAGUCAGCUGGGAUAGACUCCAGCUUGCCUGCGACCCUGUAGAAGGAUAAAGCGGCUAUGAGAAAUUAACAUACACAUCGGCAACAUUCCGUCCUCCCCGACGGCUGUUGGGGAAGUUUGAUUCAUCCAUGUACUAAACUCACCCUGAUUAGAGCUAAUUGAAAAGUUCGUAAAUGUUAAGUUGUUCUUCAGCAGCCUAUUCGACGAUAACUGCCGUUCUGCAUAGAUAAUAAUAGCCUCUCAGGGAUCCAUUGAUUGUUAUCUCAAUAGCCUAUCAUAAAUAGGUUAGGCUAUCAAAAUAGACUCGUUAAAGUGCCUGUUUGUUUUUGCAUAGGGUUGCCACCAUUCAGAAAUGAAAAUAAGGGACGCCCACCACGGCUCCCUGGGGCCAUGACCACCACGGGCACGACUCCCAUGGGGUGGGGUGCCCGCAGCAGUGAAUCACACCCAUCUGAAUAUUUUGGAAGGAAAAGAAAUCUAUGCUUAUGGAUUUGGAAGAUGUCCAAUUGUGAAGGGAUUUCCAUAAGUUCAGAACUACCUCGCAAGCAUAAAACAGGUCAUUUUGGAAGGUGGCAGUUAACUUUGGUCGAGAAGUGCAAAGAGUAUUGUUCAUUGAAAUCUUAUGUAAGUACAAUAUUUUAUGUUAAACAAAUAACUAAAGUGACAGAUGUAAUAAAUUGUAUGCUAGGAUUAAACCUUAAUUGCCAUUUCUGCUGCUGCUGUUCGUCCCUCGUCGUCAAGGAUGACCAUAGACUCCUGGAUUCACUGCUAUAGCUGCCUUGAAUAGCGAGUAUGAAUACUGAAUCCAGAUACACCAAGAUUGUGGUGGUGGGUGCAGGAUUUGCAGGUCUGGCUGCAGCAGCCUCUUUGGUCCAGGCUGGAUUUCAACAUGUCAAGAUCCUUGAAGCUAAAGAGCGAGUAGGAGGAAGAGUUUGCACAACUAAACCAUUUACAGAGAACAUUAUUGAACUUGGUGCUAACUGGAUUCAUGGACAGGAUGGGAAUCCCCUCUACCAGUUAGCCAAAGAGCAAGACUUGCUGGUUGAGAGCAGAACAGCAAGCAAGAUGAUGUGCUUGCCCCACUCUGUUACUCCACAUGAUUACUUUUUCAUGGAAGAUGGGAAACAGCUUUCGACUGACAUUGUUGAUCAGGUGUCUUCCCUGUUCAGUAAACUCACCUCAAAAGCCUUUGAGUCAGAGCUGGAGGACAAACAUAGAGCUCUAAGUUUGGGGGAUUAUCUUGAUGUGUCCUUUGCUGAAUCAACUUUAGCUACUUCAGAAGAUGGAUCAAAAAUUUUUGAAUGGUGCAAGAGAAGCGAAUGCACAGAUGAGGCUGCUUCCUCUCUAUAUGAAGUGUCUGCAGCUCAGAUUGGUUACUACAUUGCUCUCGAGGGAGGUUUUUUUAACUCCUUGGGUCCUGGGGGUUAUCAAGCAAUUUUAGACAUUCUUCUGAAAGUCCUGCCUUCAGGAACUAUUCUGAGCAAUUCAGAAGUAAAAAGCAUCCAGUGGGACUCCCAGGGGAAUGAGGACAAAGAACAGAACCAUCCUGUAAGAGUGAUCUGUGAAAAUGAUCAGAUCAUCGAAGCUGACCAUGUGAUUGUGACUGUAUCUCUGGGGGUUUUAAAACAACAAGCAAGAACCAUGUUUGAACCUGCCUUACCAAAAUCAAAGCUGAAUGCAAUUGAGAGACUCGGCUUUGGUACAGUGGAUAAGAUUUUCCUGUGUUUCAGUGAAAAAUUUUGGCCAGAAGACUGUGCAGGAAUUCAGCUGGUGUGGGACAAAGGACCUGAAGAUAAGGCAGUUUAUACUUGUAGCAGCCAAGAUGAAGAUCAUACCUGGAAAGAGAUAUGGUUUAAAAAGAUCUGCGGUUUUGAUACUGUGGCCCGUCACCCUACAAUGCUCUGUGGCUGGAUCACGGGCAGAGAGGCUCUUCAUAUGGAGACACUGCAGGACAAUGAGGUUGGAGAUAUCUGUGUAAGAUUGCUCAGGUCCUUCACUGGCUGGUCUGUUCCUGAUGUGUCUCAAGUUCUGAUCUCUAGGUGGGGUCAUGACCCACAUGUACUUGGCUCCUAUACAUUCGUUCCUCACUGGGUGAAUGGGGUGAAAGAGCAUGAGUCACUGGCAGCACCUCUUCCUUCUUGUAGUCAAGUCCCAGAGAGCAAGCCUCUGCAGGUGCUGUUUGCAGGUGAAGCAACUCAUGUGAACUUCUAUACCACCACCCAUGGAGCCUAUCUUUCAGGGCUCAGAGAAGCACAGAGACUCAUUAACCACUACUCUCAUUAAGCACCUUGUCCAUAGGACCCAACACUGAUGCAAUGUUUUCCUUCCUGAAGACAAAAUUGUAACUUGUAACUAAACUAAGGUAUAUUUUGACCAAAUUCUAUGGCAGUUUUCUAUCCGUUUAGGCAAUUCUUAUACUGAAGAGUUCUCUUCUGUCUGAGUGAACCAGUAUAUGCAAAUUUCUGUUACAUUUAAUUGAUAGCUAUUUAAUUGAAUAUCAGGAUUUUGACUCUGUGAAGGUCUGAAUGAACCCAACUGUGAUGCAUUUUGCAGUAUCUGGAUUGUAGAGAUGAGGCUGCGCUCAGCAUACUUGAAAGAAAAAAAUUAAAAUAAAACGUUAUCAUAAAAA